CCCGGCAGCUGUGAUCGGUGAGCCGGCCGAUGCGUCCACACCACACGAGGCAGCCUCUGCCGCCCGGACCGCCGCCGACCCGCCCCAGAGCCGGGUACACCAGGUGGACGCAGCGCUGGUGGGCAAGGAGGCCCCUGCACCCCGACCCCCCGCGGACGGCGGUCCCACCGUCCCCGGCUCGACCGAUCUCCCGGAGCGGGGAGCGGACCAGCGGCGCUCGGGCGUCUCCGCUGACAGGGAGACGCAGCCGAGAGCGGCCCUCGAGCGCAGCAGGUCCUCGGGAGCCACAGCGGCGGGACACCAGGGUGGUGGCGGCGCCCGGCCACGUUCACCCUCCUCGUCCUCCGACCCCUACCAGCGGCGGCGGAGACAGGCCUGCACUGAGGAGGACCUCAGAGUUCUGCGCGACUCGGACGGCCUGGAGGCUCUCAGAGAGCAGGUCACAGGCGGUACGGACACCGCCGCUCCACCACAGGCGGGAGCGGCGCCGGAGCCUCCGGAGCCGGCAGCCACGCCGGCCGCCGACACGGUAGGUG